GUUCCACGGCAUGAGUGAAAUGUGCUGGUGUCAGUUCUGCCACAGAGCAGGAGAGACACUCCUAGAAAAAGGUCUGAGAUGGGACUUGAGUACCGAUCCCCUCGCUUCCCUUUUCUGGACCUGAUCCCAGCGCUGACUGGAGCCACUGUGAGGCAUUCCACUGACUUCAAUGGGCUUCAGUCAACAAUGAAGCAACUCGCUCUCCUGCUGCUCCUCAUCUCAGUGACCAGGGCGACCCCUUGCGCUGAGAGCGUGGGUGCUGCUGAACUGAAACUCGCCAUCCGUGACCUGCUGGAGAACUGGAAAGACACGUCCUGCUCCCAGAGUGGCCAGAGCGGCCAGAGCGGCCAGAGCUACCAGAGCCUGCCCCGCAGCUGCAAGGAAAUUAAAUCCACCCAGGCCGGAGCUGGAGACGGGAUUUACACCCUGCGCACCGAGAACGGCGAGAUCUACCAGACCUUCUGCGACAUGACCACCAAGGGGGGCGGCUGGACCCUGGUGGCCAGCGUGCACGAGAACGACGCCUAUGGCAAGUGCACCAAUGGCGAUCGCUGGACCAGCCAGCAGGGGAGCAACGCCAACUACCCAGAGGGAGAGGGCAACUGGGCCAAUUACAACAUCUUCGGCUCCGCGGUGGGCUCCACCAGUGACGACUACAAGAACCCUGGUUAUUAUGAUCUGCAAGCCCAGGACCUGUCUGUGUGGCAUGUAACCAACAAGACGCCCCUGAAGGAAUGGAAGAACAGGUCCAUCCUGAGGUACCACACCGAGACCAGCUUCCUGUCCUUGGAGGGGGGGAACCUCUUCAAACUCUUCCAGAAAUACCCAGUGAAAUACGGCGCCGGCGUCUGCAAGACCAACAAUGGCCCCGCUGUGCCCAUCAUCUACGACUAUGGCGACGCCCAGCAAACUGCCAACUAUUACUCUCCAGACGGCCGAAAUGAAUUUGUUCCUGGCUACAUUCAGUUCCGCGUGUUUAAUGCUGAGAAGGCGGCCAUGGCUCUGUGUUCUGGGCUGAAAGUGACUGGCUGUAACACCGAGCAUCACUGUAUAGGUGGAGGAGGAUUCUUCCCAGAAGGAAACCCGAUUCAGUGUGGUGAUUUCCCUGCCUUUGACUGGAACGGCUACGGAACCCAUCAGCACUGGAGCGUAUCCAAGGAGAUGAUUGAAUCCGCAGUGCUGCUGUUCUACCGCUGAGUUCGGAUAGGCUGGCAUGACCCAGUGAAGGACUCUGCAUCACUCCAGACACAGCUACUCCCUGGGAGGAGAAUUAUGGCCUCAGCUGUGGACAUCUAUGAUGCAAAUAAAGAAAGUG